AUGGGCUCCAGUGGCGGCCCGCUGUACAUCGGUUUCGACCUCUCGACACAACAACUAAAGGGCCUCGUCGUCUCAUCAGAUCUCAAGGUAGUCCACAUUGCUAAAUUCGACUUUGACAGCGACUCGAAGGGAUUCAAUAUUAGCAAGGGGGUCUUGACGAACGAAGAUGAGGGAGAAGUCUUUGCGCCCGUCGCCAUGUGGCUGCAAGCCCUGGAUGCGGUGCUACAAGACCUCAAGCACCAAGGGCUCGACUUCAGCCUGGUGAGAGGGAUCAGCGGUGCGGGACAGCAGCAUGGAAGCGUCUACUGGAACGAGUCUGCGGAGGAGAUACUGGGCGGCCUGGAUGGAGGGAAGACGCUAGAAGACCAGCUGCAGCAAGCACUCUCAUAUCCGUACAGUCCCAAUUGGCAGGACUCCAGCACGCAGAGGGAGUGUGAUGAGUUUGAUGCCUUUCUCGGCAGCGAGGAAGAAUUGGCCAGGGUGACGGGGAGCAAGGCUCAUCAUAUACUGAGGUUUCAGCGGAAGCACCCUGAUGCAUACCGAAAGACGUCCAGGAUCUCUCUCGUUUCUUCAUUCCUGGCCUCCAUCUUCUUGGGGAGCGUGGCGCCGUUCGAUAUAUCGGACGUCUGUGGUAUGAACUUAUGGGACAUGCCAAUGAACCGAUGGAACGAGCGUCUUCUCAAACUGUGUGCCGGUGAAGCCGGGCCGGAAGAGCUGAAGAAGAAGCUCGGAGACGUGCCGCAUGAUGGAGGACAGGAGCUGGGCAAGAUCAGCAGCUACUUUGCAAAACGAUACUCCUUCCACCCGGACUGUGCCAUCACCCCUUCUACGGGAGAUAACCCGGCCACUAUACUUGCUCUUCCACUCAGACCUCUGGACGCAAUGGUGUCUCUGGGGACAUCGACCACAUUCCUGAUGUCGACUCCGCAGUACAAACCUGAUCCGUCAACACACUUCUUCAACCAUCCGACAACCCCUGGACUGUACAUGUUUAUGCUCUGCUACAAGAACGGGGGCCUCGCGCGUGAACAGGUCAGAGAUGCAAUCAACGCAACGUCAGGAGAGAAAACGGACCCGUCAAACCCCUGGAGUAACUUUGACAGAGUCUUGCUGGAGACACCUCCGGGGGGCCAGAAAGCAGGCUCAGGCCCGAUGAAGAUGGGUCUCUUCUUUCCCCGGCCGGAGAUAGUGCCUAACCUUGGAGAAGGCGAAUGGCACUUCAACUAUACCCCUGGCCAGGCAAACGAAGAGCUCAAGGAGACAGACGAGGGCUGGACCCAUCCGCGGGACGAUGCACGAGCAAUUGUCGAGAGCCAGUUCCUCUCACUCAGGCUCCGGUCAAAGGAGCUAGUGCACAGCCCAUCUGGGGGUGUCCCACCGCAGCCCAGACGGAUCUAUCUGGUGGGUGGAGGCUCGCGCAACGCAGCUAUCGCCAAAGUCGCGGGAGAGGUCCUCGGCGGGAUCGAAGGAGUGUACAAGUUGGAUGUGGGAGAGAAUGCGUGUGCACUGGGUGCGGCGUACAAGGCCGUCUGGGCGCUGGAGAGAGCACCAGACCAGACCUUUGAAGAUCUGAUCGGGCGGAGAUGGAGGGAAGACGAGUUCGUGGAGAAGAUAGCUGACGGCUUCCAACCUGAUAUCUUCGAGAAGUACCGCCAGGCCGUCCAGGGGUUCGAGAAGAUGGAGAAGCAGGUCCUCAUGGAAGCCAAACAGUGA